UGCUGGUUGAUGUACUUCUUGGUGAUAUCUGCAUUUGGAAUGAUAAUUCUUCUUCACUUUCUUCAUUUUAGCGACUUUCUCCUUUCUUCUUUGUACAGGUCUCAUAUAAUGAGGCAUUCUAGCAACUCUCUCAGCCUCCUCAGCCUCAUCAAUUCUCUUCUCAAGUCUCUUACAGGCUUUCUUAUAGUCUGUUUUGAACUUAUCAUAUCUGUCCAGAUAGACUCUCAUUUCCUUAAUAUUCUUAAUGAUCUUUUCUUUGACUGUCUCAAUAUCGUCAAUAGCCUUGUCAACCAUCUUCUCAGUGUCAAAAUGGUCUUGAAUAACCUGCAGCCUCCAGGUUCGAUGCUCAUGGCUCUCAAAGGAAUAGCGUCUUUUUAACCUAAGCUGGACAGACUUGUUUCUAUGAUUUUGUCUCAUUUUAAGCAAAUAGGGUUUUAGUUUUAAGU